AAGAGAUUCAACGGCAGAAGAGCGCCGGAUCGAAUGACGUCGAAACGCGCGCAAGUCAAUUCAUCACACUUCAUCACUCUCAUUGAAGCAUUGAGAAACAGAGCUCUCUCUCUCUAUAUAUAUAUCUGUUUAUCUUUCUCUCGCGCUUAAUCAACGGCCGCGAUCAAUUUUCCGAUCACCAACUCCGUCCUCUGUUUCCCGCUCUCUCUCUGGCAUUUACAAACAAUACACCGCCGUCUCCUCCUUAAUUCCGCAUUAGCCUCUCCGGCAGCAGAGCAGCAUCAAUCCGUUUCAACUCUCUCUCUUCAUCGCACUGGUUUUGAAGUUAGCCGCGUGGAGCAACUGCAGCCAAUUAUUCCAUCGCUUUCUCUCACAUAGUUGAAUUUUGAAUUCAGGAUAGAACUGUAUAUUUCAGCCGAGAGAGAAUCUACCAGUAUGAAGUUCAAGUUAAUUCCGCAAUUUGGAUACCAAAAUUGAGAAAAUAUCAGAAGUUUCCAUUUGAUUGAUGAAUUUUAGCGCAAUGUUGGAUUACUAAUUUGCCCUUCCGUUGUAGUCGGUAGAGAAUCAUCGUCACAACCACCGCAUGACGUUGGCGCUUGUCUACAUAUCUAAACACAAAUCCAUCUUCUCACGCUGCUUGAGCUCCUCAUGUUCUCAAAAGCCUUCACGUUUAGUAAAAACAUUCAGGACUUGGCUUCUGAAAUGUUCCCAGGCCAAGUCGAAGCCGCUUUGAAGGAGGCUCCUGGUGCUAAAACGGCGCCGGAUAGAGUUAUCGUCGCCGUCAAGGCUGAGAGAGUCAUUUCCAAAUCUGCACUGGCUUGGGCUCUUACUCAUGUGGUUCGUCCUGGUGACUGUAUAACCCUACUCGCCGUCUUCUCUGUCGAGAAAACUGGAAGAAGGUUCUGGAAUUUUCACAAAUGGAGCGGGGAUUGUGCGAGUGCCGUUCAGGAGAACCUCCCGGAUCGGGUACAUGAGAUCUCUGAGUCUUGUUCUCAGAUGGUGCUUCAUUUUCACAAUCAAGUCGAGGUACAAGUUAGGAUUAAAGUUAUCACAGGAACACAAGGAGGAUCUGUCGCUGCUGAAGCAAAAUUAAAAGGAGUUAACUGGGUCAUACUAGACAGGAAAUUGAAGAAUGAGGUAAAGAGUUGCCUGGAAGAACUAAGCUGCAAUAUUGUCACAAUGAAGGGGUCUCAGCCGAAAGUUCUCAGGCUUAAUUUGGAGUGCUGGAGUGAACCUCAAACUCCCUUCUUUUCGGCUAAUUCUUCUCCUGUUCGGAAAGGUCAACAAAAUAGAAUGAAGCAGACAACUCCAUUAGCAAACAGACCAGAAGAAGAACCAGGUGCCUCUUUCAGAAAAUCCUCAAAAGAAGGAUCAAAAUUGGGUACUGAGUCUUCUAUUUUCCUUGUAUAUGAGCAAAACCCGCUAUAUGAAGGAAACUUGAAAGGAAAUCACCUGCCGAUUAAUGAGACUAACGAUUUAAGCAUUUCAGUAUCUUCAUCCAACUCAAUGGAAGAAAAAGUUCUCUCUCUACCUCCAACAUCUGUGGCUUCAAAUAAAAAAUGUGUCUAUUGGAUUUCUCAGAACCAUAACAUUUCGGAAGGAAAAACUCUAUCCAAGUCCAAAAGAAGAUUCCUUAGAUUUGCCUCAACUCCAAAGGUGCCAUUCAGUAAUCCUACAAGCCUUGAGAAGAGCACGACUUUUGAAGAUAUGAGGCUCAACCAGUCGGAGAGAAAAGACUACAUUGUGGACUCAAACAUCAGGGAUGCUGUCUCUUUGGGCAGAGCAUCCUCUGCACCCCCUCCUCUGUGCUCAAUAUGUCAACAUAAGGUGCCAGUUUUUGGAAAACCUCCCAGACAGUUCUCCCUCAAAGAGCUCGAAGAAGCUACUGACAGAUUUUCAGAUAUGAACUUCUUGGCAGAAGGUGGUUUCGGAAUUGUUCAUAGAGGAAUCUUGAGAGAUGGUCAAGUUGUAGCUGUGAAGCAGUUGAAAUGUGGAGGCUUACAAGCAGAUGCUGAUUUUUGUCGGGAAGUUCGGGUGUUGAGUUGUGCACAACACAGAAAUGUAGUGUUGCUCAUUGGGUUUUGUAUUGAGGGCACGAUGAGGUUAUUGGUCUAUGAGUACAUAUGCAAUAGUUCAUUGGAUUUCCAUUUACAUGGGAAUGGAAGCCAGUUAGAUUGGCAUUCAAGGCAAAAAAUAGCAAUAGGAGCAGCACGAGGUUUACGUUAUCUUCAUGAAGAUUGCAGAGUCGGGUGUAUAGUCCAUAGAGACAUGCGACCUCACAAUAUCCUUCUAACACAUGAUUUUGAACCCAUGGUUGCUGAUUUCGGGCUGGCAAGGUGGCAUUCUAAAUGGUCUACCAGUGUUGAGGAGCAAGUCAUUGGAACUUCAGGGUAUCUAGCACCAGAGUACAUCAAUGGCGGUAUGGUAUCACAUAAAGUGGAUGUAUAUGCAUUUGGCAUGGUUUUAUUAGAGUUGAUUAGUGGCAGAAGAAGCUGUGAGCUGCACCGUCUAGAGGGCAAACAAUUCAUAUCAGAAUGGUUCCACCCCAUCUCUGCGUUGCAAAUUCAACAUUUACUAACUAGUAGUAAUCAUUUAGUCGAUCCAUGCAUGGCGUCCGAGCAAUCCCCCGACUUCUAUUAUCAACUACAUUCUAUGGUUCGUGCCGCUUCCUUGUGUCUAUGUCCAGAUCCUGAAUCAAGACCCUCAAUGUCAAAGAUUCUUCGAGUACUAGAAGGAGGAGAUCCAGUUGUUCCUCUUGGGUUAGACUUCGACCCGGUCGGCUGCAGAAGUGCACACUUGGGUGGUCUGACGUCUCACAACCAAAUCGAAGCAAGAAGAAGCCAUACUCGUACACUCUCACAAUGAAACAAUUCAGUUUUGAAUAGAAAAGGUCAAAAAUUUUACAAACCUCUUUCACAUUUGCUCUCCAUUUUUUCCUCCAACUAAUCAUAUUCAUCACCUAAAAGUUAGGUGUUACGUGUAAAAUACGAAAAUUGUUUAAUCUCUCUUUAGUGGUGUGAUUGUUUAUUUCCAUGCCUGUAGUCAGCAAAGGGAUUGAAUCUCAAAAUCCCCAAUCUAUUUGGAUUUGAGUUAUGAAUUGUGAUCAUACGCAUAA